GACAAGCUGCGGCCGUUCGCCUGCGCGGCGCCGGGCUGCACCAAGCGCUUCACCACCGUCUACAACCUGCGGGCCCACAGCCGCGCCCACGAGCAGGAGGCGGCGCACAAGUGCGAGGCGUGCGGGCAGCGCUUCCCCAGCGCCGCCCGCCUCGCCGCCCACCGCCGCCGCAGCCACCUGGAGCCCGAGCGGCCCUACCGCUGCGAGUUCCCCGGCUGUGAAAGAACGUUUAUCACAGUGAGUGCGUUAUUCUCCCAUAAUCGAGCCCACUUCAGAGAGCAAGAGCAGUUUUCCUGUUCUUUCCCUGGCUGCAACAAGCAGUAUGACAAAGCCUGCCGACUGAAAAUCCACAUGAGGAGUCACACAGGUGAAAGGCCUUUUAUCUGCGACUUUGAAGGAUGUGGCUGGUCUUUCACCAGUAUGUCCAAGCUGCUGAGACAUAAAAGGAAACACGAAGAUGACAGGAGAUUUAUGUGCCCAGUAGAAGGCUGUGGGAAGUCCUUCACAAGAGCAGAACACUUGAAAGGCCACAGUAUAACUCACCUUGGUACAAAACCAUUUGAGUGUCCAGUAGAAGGCUGUUGUGCAAAAUUUUCAGCGCGAAGUAGUCUGUACAUUCACUCAAAAAAACAUCUUCAGGACGUGGACUCGUUAAAGACUCGUUGCCCUGUUUCGAGCUGUAAUAAAUUGUUCACUUCCAAACACAGUAUGAAGACGCACAUGGUCAAACAGCAUAACUUCAGCCCAGAUCUCCUAACUCAGCUCGAAGCAACCAGCUCCCUCACACCCAGCAGUGAACUCACUAGUCCGGGACAGAGCGAUCUCAGCAAUAUAGACCUCGUAUCCCUCUUCUCCAACGUGUCUAGUAACAAUUCUGGAAUUGCAACAGACAUGGCGCUAGUGAACUCGGGAAUUGUCACGAUCGACGUUGCUUCAGUGGGCUCAACGCUCGGAGGAAACCUGCCUGUCAGUAACAAUUCUUUAAGCCAGGCAGUUGAUCCCUUGAUACUGGUGGCUAGCAGCGAUAUGCCGCAGAGCCUGGACAGUUCUCUCUUGCUGGGGACUGGUGCGACAGUUCUACAGCAAAGCACUUUAAAUUUGGAUGAUGUACAGACUGUCAAUGCGGAAGCCUUGGGUUCUCUGGCAUCUCUGUCGGUGAGGAACUCCAGCCAAGAUGUGCACGGUUUGACAUCCAGCAGUAAUUUAACAAUCGACACGGCCACUUUGACUCCUUCUAGUAGCCUCGGUGGUGCCAACGUGCCUGAGUUACUAACACCAUCUAAAGUUGAACGGAAUUUGCUUCCUAGCUCGGACGUUGUUGGUCAACAAGAGGGUAGCAGAGUGGUCACGCAGUUUGUCUUCUCCAACCCUCCAGGGAGCUACAGCGCACAGAAAGAAAUGGAUCUUGGCACCGUGACUGGCAGCUCGUUUUUGGAGAGCAGUGGGUCUGCAAGAACAGACUACAGGGCCAUUCAGCUAGCCAAGAAAAGAAAACAAAAAGGGAAUGGGAGCAGCACAGGAGCAUCUGGCUCUGGUCAGAGAAAAAGCAAAGGUGGUAAAGUAAGCCCUACCAACUUCUCAUCAUCCACUCCUGGCAGUCGACUGGGUGGCAACAUAGUUCUGCCAAACGGAGGGCUGACAAUAAGGGACCCUACCACUGGAGCCCAGUAUGUGCAAAUUCAACUUCUUCAGGAUGAUUCCCCGGGAGAGGGAGAUUUGCCCUUUCAACUGAGCUCUCAGUCCUCCUCGUCGCAUUCUCAGCUUACAGUGGAUUUACCUGUUCACAUACUUCAGGAACCACACAAUUCCACUGAAGAUGAUGCAGGUUCUGACAACUCUCAGUUCACUGGAAGCACAAUAAACCUACAGGAUCUGGAAUGACCAGUGUUAAGAACAGCUACUUGAAAACAAAUUGGGCAAUCAUGUCUUGACAGAGUGAGAUAACUGUGUGGGUCUUUUUUCAAGGAAAAUAUGGAAAUCAGGAGUACGGGAUUAUGGUUGCACUCUUUGCUAAGGACAAUUGCAGCUGAAAGAUUUUCUUUAAAAGUGUAAAUCUCACUUGAUGUGCCUGUGUAAGAUAC